CCGGCGUCCGCCUGUGCGCGGCGCUGCGUGAGCUGCUAGAGAGGGGAGGAGGCGUUGGCCCUGCCACGUUUGGGUCGCGGUUCCCGGCUGUGGCGCGGGCGGUGCAAGAGGAGGUGGACGCGCUGAAGCCGGAUCCGGAUCCAGAUCCGUGCUGCGUAGCCGGGUGGAAGAGAGUCCCACGCGUGUGAAGAGCAGCGCCGACGACUGGGCCUCUGCCGACCUUACUGGAAAGAUGAAACCUGAUGAAACGCCAAUGUUUGACCCAAGUUUACUCAAAGAAGUAGACUGGAGUCAGAAUACAGCAACAUUUUCCCCAGCGAUUUCUCCAACACAUCCUGGAGAAGGUUUGGUUUUGAGGCCUCUUUGCACUGCUGACUUAAAUAGAGGUUUUUUUAAGGUACUUGGUCAGCUAACAGAGACUGGAGUUGUCAACCCUGAACAGUUUAUGAAAUCUUUUGAGCAUAUGAAGAAAUCUGGGGAUUAUUAUGUUACAGUUGUGGAAGAUGUGACUCUAGGACAGAUUGUUGCUACAGCAACUCUGAUAAUAGAACAUAAAUUCAUCCAUUCCUGUGCUAAGAGAGGAAGAGUAGAAGAUGUUGUUGUUAGUGAUGAAUGCAGAGGAAGGCAGCUUGGCAAACUGUUAUUAUCAACUCUUACUCUGCUAAGCAAGAAACUGAACUGUUAUAAGAUCACUCUUGAAUGUCUACCAGAAAAUGUUGGUUUCUACAAGAAAUGUGGAUAUACAGUAUCUGAAGAAAACUACAUGUGUCGGAGAUUUCUACAGUAAAGAAUUGUCAGAGGAGCUCAUGCUACAAUGCUUCACUCUUCCUAGAAUUAAAAACAUUUUUGUUACUGCAACCCAGUGACCUCCAUAAAUACUGGACUGAAAAAAAAUUGUAAUACUACAAAUUUAAUGACACUUAGAAAGAUUACUUUGAGAUGGUGGGACAGUCUGUGAGCUUAGAUUUCAAAUGAGUAUUAUCAAAGGGGAUGAUUUUUAACCAAAGGAAUAUAUUUUUAACUUGAAUCUUUUCUUGCAUUGUAUUUUUCUAAAGUUUGGCUUCAUUUCUUGAUAGUCAAGAGUAUGGGUAGUAAGGAGUUGUAUAGUCUGCUGUCUUUGCUGCUCAUUUUUAAAAAGUAUACAUUCACAAAAUUAAAUAUUUUGUUUCAAAGAAACAUCUAAAUAAACCUAGAGGUGUAUCAUUUCUCAUAUAUUAUAGGAAGUUGGAUAAAUUAGUUAUAACUAAGUAGUGCACCUAACAUUUGUUGAUUCUAAUGCUGGCAAACAACUUUGUCAGCAUUGUAAAAAGAAAAAUCAGCUUAUAAAAUGUGACAAGAUUUAAAGUACAGUAGUUUAAAUGUUUCACUAAAUUUUAUAUAGUUCUAUGGAGAUCAAGUACCACCUGUCUUAUCUGUGAAACAAAUUAUUCAUUGUUCAAGGGCAUAAUAAUGGGUCAUCCAAGGUAUGUUCUGGUGUAAUUGUGUGUGGUACUGGGGAUUGAACCCAGGGUAAGGUACCUUUUAAUAGUGAAGAAGCAGCUCUGGGCAUACCUGAUUCUGUUUUCAUAGGUAUCUAAAAUCUUUUGAUUAAUGUUUUUAGGAAAUAUGAAAUGAUUAUAAAAUUGAGUGGGAUAUUUAAAAAUGUAUGGUACUGUAUUUGCAACAUUGUUAAAAUACUGAUGGAAGCUUUUCUAUUUAAUGUAAUUAUAAUGGAACUAUUAUUCUGUUCACUAUUUUGAUUUUAUUUAUUUCAAUUAUUUUUUAAAGUUGAAGAAUUACUUAUUAAUGGUACUAAUCUUUUGCAUUCCAUGUUACAUUAAACCUGUUCAUAUGAAUGGUCUGUUAGAAUCCUGCCCGUGCUUUUCUUGAGUGUUUUAUUGAACUAUUAGAUUCAGUCAUGGUUCAAGACAUCUUAGUUUUGUGUACUCUUUGUAAAAUGAACUUAGGAAGUAAGGACCACCUAUUUCUCACCUCUUAUUCAUACAUGGCUGGGUUUCCCUCCAAGCAGUUAGGUAAAACUGGCUUUCAAAGACAACAGAGAUCUUUCACCAACAGAAGGUACACUACUCAUUUUGCUGACCCACUUACACAAAUAAACCCAUUUGCCUAUAGUGAAAGCAAUAAAAAGUUCACUUUUUCUUUUCAGGAGUCCUAAAACUUUAGUAGCUUCAUUAGGUAAAUUCAGGUAAUUAAAAACCCAUAUUAAGUAAGCCUAGUAAAAAGUUGAAAUUUAAUGCUUUAUUAAAUUUCUUACCACUUAACUAUUUGAAGUAAAAUUAUCUAUUAGGCUGGUAUUUCAAUAAAUCCCAUUAAAUUGUGUUCUUCAGGUCUUCUCUUAAAUCCCCCCUAUAGGAAAUAGAGUUAUAAAUAAGGCUUAGUAUGUAAAAAUUGUGUUACUGCAGAAAAUAGUACUCUAGUUAUCAAAAUGUUUAUUUCUAAUCCACAUUGUAAGUAAACAAUAUGAAAAAAAUCUGCAUUUAAUAUAUGAACUAUAUUAACUUCUUUUUGUUAGCAUUUUGUUUUUGAAAAGGUAUAAUGAGUGGUAGUUCUGAUUUUCAGGUGUCCCAUGUUUUGUGUGCUUACAUUUCAUUGACCCAAAAAGGUACUAUUGGACCAUCCCUGAAAUCUGUAUGCAU